GACGAAGUUGACACCAUGAAGCGCGUCUUGUCCCGCCGCACCAAGUUCACGUUGGCCCAACAUCGUCAUGACGACGUGCUAUCGUUUAAGUUCAUUCAAGUACUUCCUGUCACGGGCACCCUCGGCGCAGAAGUCGAAGGCGUCGACCUGACCAAGCCUGUGCCGCCUCCUGUGGUUGACGAAAUCCAUGCGGCGUUCCUGCAGUACGGCGUGUUGUUCUUCCGCGGACAGCAUGGACUAACUCCCCACGCGCAUUUGGCAUUUUCUCGCCUCUUUGGCUCCAUCCAACGCCAUCCCAUCGUGCAAGGCAUGGCAGGCCACCCUGACAUCCUUCAGAUUGUCAAGGAGCCAGGGACACCGACGCGAUUUGGCGAGGAAUGGCACUCAGACCACAGCUUCAUGCACGCCCCGCCUCUGGGCUCGGUAAAUCGAUUGGAAAUCCCAGAAGUCUGCGGGCUUAGCUCUUUUCAGGCCGCCUACAACAGUCUCUCUUCGGGGCUUCAAUCCAUGGCAUCCAAUCUCCACGCGGUGCACACAUCUAGCCACGCAUUUUCGGCCUCGGCACAGCGUCAGGCCAACUUUAACGGCACAGCAGCCAUGACGUACCAGAAAGGCCACGACAACUCGGUAGUCCAUCCAGUGGUGACCAUCCACCCCGAAACGGGCAAGCGCGUGUUGUUUGUGAAUCCCAUGUUCACCCAAUGCUUUGAGCACAUGACUGUGCGUAUCGUCCACAUGCUACCUUCGUUACAAGAUGAAGUUGGAUAUUUCACCUUGAGAGUUUAGGUGGAUGAAAGCGCUCCGAUAUUGAACAUGCUGUAUGGGAAAGCGUUCCGUCCAGAACACCAGUGUCGGUUCCGAUGGAGUCCGGGGUCGGUGGCCUUUUGGGACAACCGCCGGCUACAACAUGUAGCGAUCAACGACAACGUCGCGAGCCGUCGCGUCAUGCAUCGCAUCACUAUCCAAGGUGGCGUGCCGCAGAAAUGAGCCGUGACGUGGCCGCGUUGUAGGACCUGUUUGCAAACAUUUUGCACGCAACCGUUCAUGUGUGUAUGUACAUGGAGUGUCCUUCUUCGCAAACAUAUACAUACUCGAAUGAAAACUCCAAGAGGAAUCGGUUGUUCACUUUGGAACGACCGUGCGAACAAGCCUGCAAUCGUACACAGUGCUUACAUGUAAAUCACGG